CCUCCCAGCAGCCUCCGCGCGCAGCCCGUUAGGCCCCGGGAAUUGUGGCCUGACCCCGCAGCGGCUCCCUCCGUUCGGGCAUCGCUGUACCUCGGGUUCGCGCCCCGAGUGAGCAGUCCUGGCCCGGAGCGUCGGUCCUGGUAAUCCGUAGGAAAAGCACUGCGGCCCAGGGGGUAAGGAGAGAUCAGCCUCUGUGGACUCCGUGCUUCUCCUGGCAAGUAAACCCCAAGGAGGACUGACCAGUUCUUGAAUUUCUAUACCAUGGCCCUUCGAUCAGUGAUGUUCAGUGAUGUAUCCAUAGACUUCUCUCCAGAAGAGUGGGAAUACCUGGACUUGGAACAGAAGGACUUGUACAGAGAUGUGAUGUUGGAGAACUACAGCAACUUGGUCUCACUGGGAUGCUUCAUUUCUAAACCAGAUGUGAUUUCCUUAUUGGAGCAAGGAAAAGAGCCUUGGAAAGUUGUGAGGAAAGGAAGAAGACAAUAUCCAGAUUUGGAGACCAGGUAUGAGACCAAGAAGUUAUCUUUAGAAAAUGACAUUUAUGAAAUAAAUUUAUCCCAGUGGAAGAUAAUGGAAAGAAUUAAAAACCAUGGCCUUAAGGGUCUCAUUUUAAAAAAUGAUUGGGAAUCCACAGGAAAAAUUGAAGGACAGGAGAGACCUCAAGAAGGAUACUUCAGUAGUGUGAAAAUGCCAUCUGAAAAGGCGUCCUCUUACCAGAAAUGCACAUCUGUUACUCCACAUCAGAGACUUCAUUUUGUCGAUAAACCCUAUGAAUGUAAGGAAUGUGGGAAGGCGUUCAGAGUGCGUCAACAGCUUACUUUUCAUCACAGAAUUCAUACUGGUGAAAAACCCUAUGAAUGUAAGGAAUGUGGGAUGGCCUUCAGACAGACUGCACACCUUACUCGACAUCAGAGACUUCAUUCUGGUGAAAAACUCUAUGAAUGUAAGGAAUGUGGGGAAGCUUUCAUAUGUGGUGCAGAUCUUAGAGUACAUCAGAAAAUGCAUAUUGGUGAGAAGCCCUAUGAAUGUAAAGAAUGUGGGAAGGCUUUUAGGGUACGAGGACAACUUACUCUGCAUCAGAGGAUUCAUACUGGUGAGAAACCCUAUGUGUGUAAAGAGUGUGGAAAGGCCUUUAGACAGUACGCACACCUCACUCGGCAUCAGAAGCUUAAUAGUGCUGACAGGCUCUAUGAAUGCAAAGAAUGUGGGAAGGCGUUUUUGUGUGGCUCUGGUCUUAGAGUACAUCACAAACUUCAUACUGGUGAGAAACCCUAUGAAUGUAAGGAAUGCGGGAAGGCCUUUAGAGUGCGACAACAACUAACACUCCAUCAGAGAAUUCAUACUGGUGAGAAACCCUAUGAAUGUAAGGAAUGUGGAAAGACCUUUAGCCGUGGUUAUCAUCUUAUUCUCCAUCACAGAAUUCAUACUGGUGAAAAACCUUACGAAUGUAAGGAAUGCUGGAAAGCCUUUAGUCGCUACUCACAACUUAUUUCACAUCAGAGUAUUCAUAUUGGUGUUAAGCCCUAUGACUGUAAGGAAUGCGGGAAGGCCUUCAGACUACUUUCACAACUCACACAGCAUCAGAGUAUUCAUAUUGGUGACAAACCUUAUAAAUGUAAGGAAUGUGGCAAGGCCUUUAGAUUGCGCCAAAAACUUACUCUACAUCAGAGCAUUCAUACUGGCGAAAAACCCUUUGAGUGUAAGGAAUGUAGGAAGGCCUUUAGACUUAAUUCAUCCCUUAUUCAACAUCUGAGAAUUCAUUCUGGUGAGAAACCCUAUGAAUGUAAAGAAUGUAAGAAGGCCUUUAGGCAACAUUCACACCUUACUCAUCAUCUGAAAAUUCAUAAUGUAAAAAUCUAAGAAAACCUUUUCAACUUCUGUGUUAUAGAACAUUCUAUGAAUGUAGUACUUUUGCUCCAUACAUGCAACUGACUUGGCAUUAGAGGUUUUAUACCAUUAAAAGAGUGUGAUAAUGUAUUGUAUUCCAUCAUCACUCAAACCUGAAACUUCAGCACAUUUGUUCUAAAAACUAAUCCUGUUACAAGAAUGAGAAAGACAUUUACCGUCAUCCCUAUCCCAUCACUUUGUGUCAUACUGGACAAGACGCUUAACUGUUCUGUGUUAUAAUUUUUAAAUUUAUGACAUGGUCAUAUAAGAGUGCAGCAAUUUGACACUCUUUCAAUCAAGAGGUGGAAUUUACAUCCCUCUGUCGUAUACAGGCAGACUCUGACUGCUUCGCCCAGUAGAAUAUGGUAGACGUACUGCUGUGCUGGUUUCUUGACUCAGACUUUACUGGUAGGGUUACUUCAUCUCAUGAAAUUAGAGAACUGUCUUGUUACAAAGUCUGGCACUUUGCUGAAGAGACCACAUGAAGAGGCCCUGAAACUACGUAGAGAGGGAGAGGCACCUGCUGAACCCUGUCUUCUUGACAUCCACCAAGAUACCAGACAUUUGAGUGAAAUUUUGGAUCCACCAGACCAGCCACCAGCUAAAUGCCAGUGAGUGACUUGGUAACCUGAACUGAUGCCAUGUAGAAUGGAAGAAUUGACCAGCUGAGCCCCUGCCCAAAUUUCUGACCUACAAAAACAUGAGAUAUAAUAAAAUGGUUGUUGUUUUAAGCCAC